AUGGAGUCAAUCUCGCCUUUUAUUUCCUCAAGCCCCGCGCCGCGGUAUGCUCCACCAUGGCAGGACUUGAGCAUCAUCGGCAUCGCUGGUAGUUCAGGCUCUGGCAAGACCUCUGUGGCCAUGGAGAUUGUCAAGUCGUUGAACCUACCCUGGGUGGUGAUCCUUGUAAUGGAUUCAUUUUACAAGUCAUUAUCAUCCAAGGAGCACCUCAAAGCUCAUGCGAACGAGUAUGAUUUUGACUGCCCGGAUUCGAUUGACUUUGAUCUUCUCGUACAGACCCUGCGGGAUCUCAAGAAAGGAAAGAAAGCCAACAUCCCGGUGUACUCAUUCGCUGAUCACCAGCGGCAGUCCAACACGACCACUCUUUACUCGCCUCGAGUGAUUAUUCUGGAGGGCAUUCUGGCGCUUCACGAUCCUAGAAUCGUGGAGAUGUUGGAUGUGAAGAUCUUCGUUGAAGCCGACAUGGAUGUGUGCUUAGGACGCCGAGUCCUUCGGGAUGUCCGCGAGCGCGGCCGAGACAUUGAAGGAAUCAUCAAACAGUGGUUCGCUUUCGUGAAGCCAUCUUAUACCCGAUAUGUGGAACCCCAACGCCCCAUUUCAGACAUUAUAAUUCCACGUGGCAUUGAGAACACGACCGCCAUUGACAUGGUGGUGAAACACAUCCAACGCAAGCUGCAAGAUAAAUCCGACAGGCACACUGAAGAACUUGACAGGCUCGGUCUGAUUGCAGCGGAAGUUGAGCUGCCUUCGAAUGUGCAUGUUUUGCCCUCCACGCCGCAGCUCAUCGGAAUGAAUACUAUUUUGCAAAACCCAGCGACUGAGCAGGAGGAUUUCAUCUUCUACUUUGAUCGACUGGCUUCGAUCUUGAUUGAGAAAUCCUUGGACAUGACAUUGUAUGUCUCCGCGAAUGUGGAAACACCACAAGGAAAACCAUACAUUGGUUUGCAUCCCAAGGGUACUGUAUCGGCUGUCGCUAUCCUACGAGGAGGUUCGUGUAUAGAGACUGCCCUCAAGCGAUCGAUUCCUGACUGUGUCACUGGUCGCGUGCUCAUUCAAACCAAUGAGUGCAGCGGAGAGCCGGAGUUGCAUUACCUGAAACUCCCAGCGCAGCUCGAAGAACAUGCCACAGUUAUCCUCAUGGACUCGCAAAUGUCCAGUGGAGGUGCUGCACUUAUGGCCGUUCGCGUCCUUCUUGACCACGGAGUGGAGCAGGACAGAAUUGUUUUCGUGACCUGCGCAGCAGGCGAGCGAGGUCUCAAACGACUGACUGCUGUAUUCCCCAAGAUCAACGUGAUUGUUGGGCGGAUUGAGGAAGAGGGAGAACCACGAUGGAUUGAGAAGCGGUACUUUGGAUGCUAA